CUGGACCCCGGGCUGGACUGCUACAAGUAUGCUUACCGACAUCAGCCUGCUGCGACACGAGCGCCGCGGUGCGGCUGCGGCGCUGAGUGCGCUGAGUCUCCUCCUCGCCACGGGGUGCGUCCUCCUCCUCCUCUGCCGGCCGCCACCAUCGGUCCACAACCGCGCGACGAGUGGCAGAGCAGCAGCGAAAAAAGAUAGCCCACUCCUCUUCUUUGCGAUGGGCGACUGGGGAGGUGGGAGCCGGUUCAUGCCCACGACGCGCUCCCAGCUAGCCAACGGCGACGGCAUGGCGACAGUUGCCAGCUGGAUGGGCGUCACGCCCGCUUUCGUGAUGGCUGUCGGAGACAACUUUUAUGAGUGUGGCGUCACCGACGUGGAGUCGCGCCGCUUUGCCUCGACCUUCGAGGCGGCCUUCAGCCAGCCGGCGCUGCAGGUCCCUUGGUACGCCAUCGCAGGCAACCACGACCACUGCGGCAACGUCUCGGCGCAGCUGGCCUACGCAGCCCAGCGGCGCGGGACGGCGCGCUGGCGAUAUCCACACUUGUGGUACACGUUCACCGAGCGCGCGCCGUCGGGCGCGACCGUCCAGAUCGUCUACAUCGACACGGUGGUGCUGGCGGGGAUGCCUCAGGAGGAGGGGGAGCCGGGCGUCGUGGCCGAGCAGUACGCGCCUCACCCGGCGCAGCGGCUCGGCCCGGAGCAGCUCGCGUGGCUCGAGGCCACACUCGCGUCCUCGACGGCCGACUACCUGUGGGUCAGCGGUCACUACCCCGUCUUCUCGCCCUGCCAGCACGGCCCGACGCCCGCGCUGCUGAGGGACGUGCUGCCGCUGCUGCGGAGGCAUGGCGCCGCGGGGUUCAUCGCGGGGCACGACCACUGUUCGGCGCACUACGAGCAGCACGGGAUGGCGUUUGUCCUCUCCGGCGCGGGUCGGGAGUGCUGCUACCACCCGCGCCACCUCGCCUCGCCCCUCAACCCGGGCCCGCCGCACUUUCGAAUGGACCGAGAGCGGCAUUAUGGCGCGAUUGGCGGCUUCGCGUCGUUCAGCGUCGGAGCCGGCGCCACCACGCUGCGCUAUCACUCCGACAACGGCACGGUGCUCUACACCGCCGAGCCCAUCCUGCCGCGUCGCCCGGAAGCUGGCACAGAAAGGUGAACGCGCGGCCGCACCCCCGAGCUUGCAGUGGCAAGCGCCGUAGAGCUAUAGGACCCAGCUUAGCAGCUGAGAGAGUGACAAUCUGUGUGAGUCGAAAACGGGCAUCCAGGAGGGACGUGCAUACCCAGUAGCGCUCCAGCGUCCAUGCUCCAGGUCUCCAGCAGCAGUGUAGUCGCGGAGUCAGUGCUUUCCGCUCCGCGGCCGUGAAAACCAUGGGGACAAUAUGACGUGGCUGGGGUCUACAAGAUGAUGAGGUGAAGCGGACACGGACAGGCCUCUCUCCCUCGUCGCCCCGCUAUCUCAUGAACUCAUCACACUCGUGUCGCACGUUCGAGCACACGCUGAGACACGGACAAAUGCCUCUUCCCUCUCUCCUCUCUCCUGAUCAUACAAAGGUGGGUCUCGUCUCGCGACCUACGACACGGGCCGCUGGCGCGGUGCGGCUCCGCCCUAGGCUCCGCGCCAAGCCUCGCGCUCCAGAGGGGCGCAAAGCGACCAGCAGCCUCCUCCACCGCGCUACGAGGUCAAGGUCCAGCGGAUGUACCACUCGACGAUGUCGAGCGGGAAGAAGAUCCAGUUGAGCGGGAAGGGCAGCGAGAAGCCGUACUUGAGCUGCGAGUAGAAGCCCAGCCCCGCGAUCGAGUAGCCCACCACCUCGUCCAGCUUGGUGUCGGCCUCAUCCGGGAUCGAGGUGUACCCCUUGUUGCGCACCCACGCCAUCAGCCCGCGCGCAAACAUGAGCCCGCCCACCAUCGCCAAGUGCGCCGCCGACACAACCUCCUGCAGCUUCCACGCGAUGAAGCAGCCGAUUGAGCGCGAGGCGUUCUUGAUGACGAACUGUAUCCAGUUGUGGUACUCCUUUGGCAGCGUGUGCACCAGGAAGGGCACGGCGACCUUUUGCGCGAGCG